AGUAAAAGCGAGGGGGGGAAACAGAACAAACCUCCGCGCUUAUUCUUUCUCUUUUCUUCAUUCUUCACAACGGGGUCCAAAUAAAUCAGCAAAGAGCGGAGAAGGCUCUUGGAUUCAUCGGUAAUGGAAGAUUCUGAGAAAUUGACGGCCCUCAAGAAGGCUUACGCCGAUAUAAUCCUCAAUACGGCGAAGGAAGCGGCGGCGCGUAUUAUGGUUUCUGAGAGGAACGCUAUUCGGUUCCAGCAGGAGCUCGCCGCGACUAAAGAUGAGGCUUUCCGGAUACUGCUUAGGCUUAAGCAAAUGUUGGAUUCUAAGGUCAGCGAGGCAGAGACGGUGUCUUCAAAUCAAAAGAAAAAGAUCGAAGAACUUGAAGCCCAGCUUGAGGAAGCUGAGGACAUAGUGAGGGAACUUAGAGCUCAGUUGCAGGAAGUUCAAGAUGAAUUGGAACAUGUGAGGAACAAAAAAGUAGUGCCCCAAGAUAAGCAAAACUUGGCCAGUAAUGUUGCAUCUCGGGAGGACUUGCCGAACUUGCAUGAGAGGAUUGUACCUUAUAGCAUAAAUUCAACUUUAAAUGGGACAUGCAUUGAUAGCUGGCCUGAAAGUAAAAAUGAAUUGCAGAUGGAUAAUGGUCAAGUUCACGGAGAUUUUGCCUCCAUGGUGAUGAGAAGCAAAGAACCCAAGCUUUACAGAAAUGGCUGUACUCAGAGAGUACGUGCAUUUGAAAGAAAAUUGAUUGAUCGAAAAGUGUGUCUGGCUGGACAAGCUGAAAAUGUCAAGAAUAAGGCGUUCAAUACGGGUGAAGAAGAGGGUAAACUUAUGUGUAAAACAUUCAUUGCCAAGGAUGAUUAUAUCGGUCGAGAAAGGAAGAAUUUUAAUGAGAUCAAGGCAUUGCCUGAGUUAUUAAGCAAGGAUAGUCAAGUUCCAAUUAUUAAAUCCCUCCGCCGAAAAAGAAAACGAGCUACUAGGUACAACAAGAGGAAAGCUUUACCUGUUCUUGAUGACAUUACUAAGCAACGCAAGUCACCUGACCUUCACUGCCCAGAAAGUCUUUCAGUGGAUAACGAUGAUUCAGAGGAAUGUCUGUCGAAAAAAGAAAUUGAUGGUCAGAAUGGUCUAAUCUUGCUCUCAACCCCCGUACUCUCGGAAAUAAAUGAAAUGCCAACACCUUCAGGAUGUCCCGACGCCAGUGAGGGAGAUGGAGCAGUAAUAAAUUAUUGCCCUCCUAGGAACAUGACGGACGAUGAUAUAGCAGUUGUAGCUAAAUCUGACUUCACUGGCCAGGAAAAUUUAUGUGGGGAGAAUGUGGAGGCUUCUGCUUAUAAAAUAGACGUCGACCCAGUUAAGGAGUCAUCAGUUAACUUGGAUAUGAAAAACUCCGAUGUACUUGAUGAGAUUCCGAGUCAACAGUCAGAUAAUAAAGUUCUCAAGUAUACAUUCCAAAGAAAACGAAAGAAGGAAUCUUUAAGCAGCCCUGAUGGGAAAUCAUCAGUUGAUGAAACCAUAUUAAAGAAAAGGAUGAAGGAUAAACAAAGUGCAUCAUCAGAAUCAGACAAGUAUAGCUUAAUGACAGAAUCAUCUCGGGACAACCGUCGAUUGGCACAGGUUGCUCGGCAGCUCAUAUCUUUGUCUGAGAAGAAGUGGCGGUGAUAGAACUCUGUCUGCCCUGAAAUUCAUAAUUGUUGCUUUGAGAAAUAAAACCAACUGCAACAAAAAAAACCUGAAUAUGGGCUGUUUUGCAAGAAAAUAUUGGUUGCUAAGCAAGUGAAAUGAUUUCCAAGGAAGCUCCACAGGCCAUGAGCAAGUACCAUAUGGACGAUCGAUAUAUAUAUAUAUAUCGUCCGCUAACUUAUGAAUGUUUAUGUAAUCUUUAUAUCCUUCCUUUCGUUACUAUAUAUAUUAAAACCUUGAAUCAUGGCAUUUUUCUUUCCCCUUGGGAAAGCUUAGUUAAUUAUAUUCCAAUUUUCAUAUGGUAUUU